AUGGCUGUGGGCUGUGGAACGGUAUGGGCGACAUAUUUUGGCGAGGAGAACAGAUCAGGAGGCGGGCAGAACGCCUGUUUGACCUCCAACAGUGGGACAAAGGAAACAGCUGCUAGGCUGGCAUCAGGGCUGCCUGGGCUGGUGCUUGCUGAUCUGAUCACAGCAAAGAAAGACGCUCCUCUCGCCAGAAUGCUUCCGAAAUUCGACAUCAUCCUGUCUCCUGCGAAUUCAUCUGGCAGUGGUACUGGUGUUGGUGGUGCCGCGGGAACGAAGCGGAAGAAAAGAGGCAAGAAAUCAGGCGGAGAUUCCUUUCUGGAUGGAGCAGAGGAGGUGGAUUCAUGGGAUUCGGAGCUGCCUGCGUUGAUGACUAUGGCUGAGAUGCAGCAGCACGUGGAGGCUGCUAGCAGGGUGGCAGUGUCGCCUUCCUUUUCCGAGGAGGCAUGCAGUGCGCUGCAUGCUUACUACCUUGUGAUUCGCCGGGCCAAGGUGGACCAGGAUGUUGGGGACGUGUCGCUGCUGACUCUGGAGAGCUUGAUUCCUGUUGCCAUCGCAUGUGCCAAGCUGUGCAUGAGGCAGAGCGUGGUGAAGAACCCAGAUGUGCUAAUCGCCAUUCUACUAUCCGAGCAUACCUUCAUGGCAAAGCAUGGGUUUCCCCUGGUGCCGUCCCUAGCAUCCAAGCUGCGCCACCAGCCACUGGAUGUGGUUCUGGAGGCCUUUGAGAGUGACUUGGAGCAUGUCAUGCCUCACAUGGACACGGAGGAAUGA